UCGUGACGCAAUGCACACAGUGCGGUAUAGUCUUUUAAACACGAGUUUAGGUUAGGAUCGAACGAGUUGUUAUUGCGUUUCAAAAUUUAUUUGUAGUAAUUGUUACACCAUUCUAUUCGAUAUCGUAGAUUUUGAGUUUUAAUAAAACCUUAAAAUGUUCCGAACUGGCUUGAGAACCAUACGUACUGCUCUAGGAAGCAGAGCUUUUGCAAAUGCACCAGCUCAAGAACAAGCAAUUUCGACGGCUUUCAAAGUUCAAGAUCCAAAAGAUUUUAAUGAUCGCGUUAAAAACUCCAAAGUGCCUGUGAUCGUUGACUUUUUCGCAACAUGGUGCAAUCCGUGCCGAAUGCUCACCCCUCGUAUAGAAUCGGUGAUUGCAGAAAAACAUGGAAAAGUUUUAUUGGCAAAGGUUGAUAUAGACGAGAAUAGCGAUCUUGCCUUAGAUUAUGAGGUUGGAUCUGUACCAGUAUUGAUUGCAAUGAAAGAUGGAAAAGUUUUAGACAGAAUUGUUGGUCUUCAGGAUGUAGAUAAACUUAGGCAAUUUGUAGAUAAGUAUACAGAAUAAUGUAGUAUAUUUUAAUUGUAAUUUUGUUAUCAAAUGACCCUGUAGUUGGGGUGCUUGUAUCAUAUUGUGUAUGGUAAUAAGUAUACAAUGCAACAUAUAAUAUUUUUAAU